AUGUGUGAUGAUGAUGAUGAAGGAGGGAGCCGGCGAUCAGUCGCCAAAGGCGGCUCGCUGGCUGGGUUCUCGGAAGAAGUCCCGAGUUUUAGCUUCUCUAGAGCGUUGCUCCAUCCAAGACAGCUGAGACUUGCAACCGAACUCCUGGAUCCAGUAUUGUAG